UUGCGUUUUGUUUUGUCCCGUUCUUUUUUUUCUCUUUCAUCCUUUUUCAUUCUUUCACUCUUUCCUACUUUUUGUUUCUUCCAAUGAAGUCGUCUGCACAGCACACGACUGUCUCGGUGCCAGGACCGAGCGCGAGUGGCGCCGCUGCCGCUGGGACGCGACGUGUGUUUGGCGAAAAGUUCAUGCUGCUGCUCGCCUUCCUCGCGUUCUGCAUCAUGUGCUUUGGCGCACUCUUCUUUGUGCCCGAUCUGCGUCCUGUGGGCUUCACGCCAGCCCCCGGCGACGCAGCGGAGGUCGACGGUCCCCGCGGCAUGGCUGCGCAACGCGACGUUCCAGACGAAAACCUCAACCCGCGACGCAACAACCCAGUCGCCGAGCGCGAGGCCAAGCGGUUUGCUCUGGAGAAUGCACGGCUGCGCAAAAAGCAGCUCGAGCAGCAGCUGGACCAGCUCGAUCGGCUGGAAAACCAGGGCCGGGAGGACGACUCCCAGCUCGACCUCAACCAGGACAAGUUCGGCAACACUGGCGACCAGGCUGACACCCGCACCGACCAAGAGAAGGAAGCUGCUGUUGAUGUCGGGCUUGCUCGUGCAGAUCCCCCAGUUCCAGAGAAUCCCAAGCAGCAGCCACAAAACAACGACAACAACAACAACAACGAUGCCAAGCUCGCUGUCGUGGCAGAUUCAGAGUGGCUUGAUCCCGAGACGCAGCGCCGCCAAGACUAUGUGCGCGAGAUGAUGCAACAUGCUUGGAACGGCUACGCCAAGCAUUCGUGGGGACACAACGAGCACAGACCAAACGCUCGCGGCCCGCACAACUCGGGCCUGUUCGGCCAGCAGCCCCUCGGCGCCACCAUUGUCGACUCGUUGGAUACGCUUCUGAUCAUGGGCUUGGUGGAGGACUUCCAAAAGGCGCGCGAUUGGGUGGCAACCAGCCUCGACUUUAAAGUUGUCAAUUCGUACACUUCAGUGUUUGAGACCAACAUCCGCUGGGUUGGAGGUCUUCUUUCGGCGUACGCCUUGUCCAAAGACGAGAUUUUCAAGACCAAGGCCGUUGAAAUUGCCGACUUGCUCCUCCCUGCGUUCAACACGCCGACCGGCCUGCCCUUUGCGAUGUGCAACCUGAAUUCAGGCCAUGCUCGCAAUCACGACUGGGCGGGUGGCAGCUCGAUUCUCGCAGAGGUCGGCACUCUCGACCUGGAGUUCCAGUAUCUGUCCGACAUUACCGGCAACGAAGUGUAUCGCAAUAAGGUGCUGCGCAUCCGCAAGCACAUGAAGGAUAUUUCCAAGCCUGACGGGCUCUACCCCAACUAUAUCAGCCCCCACAGUGGAUCCUUCGGACAGAACCACGUCUCGCUCGGUGGUCUCGGCGACAGUUUCUACGAGUAUCUGCUCAAGUCUUACCUCAUUUCCGGCAAGCAAGACAAGGAAGUUCGUGCCAUGUAUGACACCGCAAUGAAGAACGUCAUUCGCGUGAUGAUUCCUCCUCGCGUCAACCCGACCGAUGCCAUCUAUGUGGCUGAGGCUCGCGGCGGCGGCUCGCUUGAUCACAAGAUGGAUCAUUUGGCUUGCUUCGCUGGAGGCAUGUUCGCGCUUGGCGCGGAAGGUGACACGCACGACGAGCAUUUCGAAAUUGGCGCCGGCAUCACGCAAACAUGCCGCGAUUCGUAUGACAUGACGGCGUCCAAAAUUGGUCCGGAAUCUUUCCGAAUCGAUCCCAACACUCGUCGCGUGCAGGCUGGCUGGAGCAACAACGGGUACAUUCUGCGCCCCGAGGUUGUUGAGAGCUACUUUGUCAUGUGGCGUCUGACGCACGAUCCCAAGUACCGCGAGUGGGCUUGGGAGGCUGCGCAAGCCAUCAACCAACACUGUCGUGCCGAUACUGGUUUCAGCGGCAUCAACGAUGUCAACUCGGCCCACCCUCCAAAGGAUGACGUGCAGCAAAGCUUCUUCCUUGCUGAAACCCUCAAGUACCUCUAUCUGACCUUCAGUCACGACUCGCUCAUUCCUCUCGAGGAUUACGUGUUCAACACGGAGGCCCACCCACUCCCCGUCAAGACACGACGAGCAACCCUGGCACCCCUGAUUUAAAUGGUGCGAUGUGUAAUUUGCCAAGCUGCAAGAUAGCAUGCGUAAUUUUGUCUUCCAAUUUUUCAAAAACGAAUCAGACACAAGAGCCGAAACAAUGAUCAAAC